GAUUACUCUAAAUAUGUCUUUGGUGCUGUUUCAGUAUGACUACUCUAUGUGCAUUCCUCUAGCUCAAACAUGACUUGUAAUUAAACAUCAGCAUGAUGUUCCUUACCUUAACAAAGAAAUUCUAAUGGAUACAGUAUCUUGCAUUACUCCCGGAUUUGAGAAGUGAAGGAUAAACGUGAUUGAGUAGUGACUUGGUAUACCUGCACUGAGAUGGCAAAAUGAAAGAAUCUAGAAUACAUCCUUUAUGUCACUGAACAGCCUUUGAAUUCAAGAUCAAUUCCCGGUUUUUAAAACACUCAGACCAAAAUGUCAGAACCUGACCCUUCAUCUGGGUUUGUAGGAAACAUGGAAAAUGGGACUUUUCUAGAGCUAUAUCCCACAUCCUUGUCAACUUCAGUGGAUUCAUCGUCUGGCCGUUUAUCAAAUGUCUAUGUCUAUGUUUCUAUAUUUCUCAGUCUCUUAGCUUUUCUUCUUCUGCUAUUGAUUAUUGCACUUCAAAGGCUGAAAAACAUAAUCUCUUCCAGUUCUUCCUACCCAGAAUAUACUAGUGAAGCUGGAAGUUCUUUCACUAACUUAGAAGUUUGUAGCAUUUCUUCCCAGCGGUCUGCUUUCUCAAACCUGUCUUCAUGAAAAUAAAAGAAAGGGAAUACAUUGGAAAUGGAAGAGCUGUGUCUAGCUUCUUGGCGAACUAGUGCAUGCAACAUUUGCCUUUUGAGGACUAUUAAUCAUGAAAGAGGGACUUUUAAAGUUCUCUUUGAUUUCUUUCCCUUUUUAGUCUCCAUUUCCCCUUUUAUUAACAGUGCUUUUCACCUUGGAGCAUGGAAAAUGGCACAAUCCAUAGCUUCAUAUCUGUAAUAGUGAUGUUGUCUUUUUCUUUCACGUGUGCACACACAGACUUCCUGCCAAAUUUGAAUAUGGUUCCAGGUUUAUGUAUCAGGCUUUUUUUGUAUAGUCUUGUCUGCUUUUCAUUAGUAUCAUUGACAUUUAACUGGAUAUAGGAUCCUGGAUGACAUCCCUGUCGCAAAAAUGCCACCAAAACAAAUUGAUGUAGGAAUUGUGUCAUUGGCUAAUUUAGAGUUUUUGAGUACUUAAUUUUUUUAAUGUAAUUUUAGUUUUGUUUGUUUUAAAUUACAUUUUUUUAAACUACUUUUAUUUGUUUAUACCUGUCCACUGACUCUUUAUGAACCCUCUGCUGGUCACACUUAAUGCACAUCAACAUACUUGCUUAAUUUAAUAUUAGUAAGUGACUAGAAUAAAUAUGUAGUAUUGGAGUGAUGUUGUAGUCAUGUUGGUCCAGAAAAUAUGUAAGAGGCAAGGAUUGUUUUACCUUUUUAUUGGACCAAAUGUAUAUCUAGGAUAGGCUUAGACAAGUGUUCAAAAUGUGAGGCAAUUCAUUGACCUGAAGAAUGAAUUUGAAAUCUUGUCUAAAUGUAUCCCACCCAUGCAGUUGGUUCAGUAAAAGAUAUCACCCACAAAAAUCAUUGCCUCUAAAAUAAAUAUGCUCAUUUGUGAAUUUAUACAGGUUUUUCUGGACCCUUUUACAUACAGCUUGCCGAAGUUUAACUGUUUCUCUGAAAGAAAGUUCAGCCUCUGAAUCUCAAAUAUAGCACCCAUUCUCUUUAUACUUUCAUGCAACUAUUGUUAAUGGAGCCAGCUUCUAACUUCUUCAACAGUGUAACUGUCAAUACCACCAUUGGCAGCUGAAUUACACCAUUGUAGACAUGAGGAGUUCUUCCACAAAGUCCCACGGCGGGGUCCAAGAGGCAACUUAUGCUAGUAAGAACUAACAGAGGAUGCUUCUGUUAAGCAUUUAGGUGCACAGUGUAGUAGUGGCAUAGAGAUAAUCCUACAGUGGCCUGUGAAUUCAAAAGCCGCCCAGUACUCUUAACCACAGUCAGGGCUGCGUUCAAACAGGCAUGAGACAACCUCUUGUGAGUAAGGCUUUUCAAGACUAAUUGCUACCUAGAGAACAGGGCCAUAAACACUUUAAUAAUUGGUAUUUAUCCUCUCAGCAACUGUCUUAUCAUGUCUAAAUUGAAUAUAGUGGCCCCUUUAAUUGAAACAUAGUCCUAUAUUUGGUUACUGUUAUAAAGCAAUUAUUGUUGUUGUAAUGCCGAAUUCUGUGAAGUCUCCAGUACAUCAGAUGCAAGUUAAUUCAGAUUAAAUUGGCAGAGAUACAAAGCAGAAUGCAAAGAUAGAUUUAUUAGGAUUACAGACUCCAAAUUGUUCCUUAUUACUUUAUACCAUUGCUUUAUUAUGUGAUCUGACAGGAAUAUUUUUACACUAAGACUAGAUCUACUCCUACUGAAAUCAGUGGGAGUUUUGCCAUAUAGCAGGAUCCAGGUGCCUUGAAGAGCCAGGGGAAGAAUGGAAAGGGUGGGGGGGGGUCAUCACUGGUUUUUACCAUCAAAGCUGCACUUGUGACCUAUAACUAAAGGUUUUCAAAGGGCCAAAGAUAUUACUGUUCCCUUUGCACAUUGUUGGUCUCGGACUACAGGGUCCCAAGUUCUGUUUGCAAAAUACCAGCCCCCUCAAUUUCCAGUGAAACCAUGUCUUGUCUUUCAAAUGGUAAUUGGCACUUUAAACAAUUAAGCCUUGCAUUAUUUGGCCAACAUGUCUUGAUAGUUAAAUUUCUCUUGGUAUAUUACAGCCUAGGGUGGUGAAAAACAUUUCCUCCCUCCAGGUUAGCAGUUUAUUUACAGGAAGGGUGCAUCUGUGAGUGUCUAAGCUUAAUUCAACUCUACAAAAUUCAGGUUUUUACAGUCUAGUAUAAAGGUAGUAAUGAAAAAACACCACUAAUCAGUGCCAAGCAAAUACAGAUUAAGUUUCAGUUGGUUUUUCACGACUUUUAACAGUUAACCUAAUUAUAUAAAAACUUGUGAUAAAUUUCAGUGUUGAACAGCUUCUUACAAGAAGCAAAGUAUUACUGAGUGAUAAAGAACUUAAGCCAACAGGAUUUCCAAUCCAGUGUGGUUUUACAAAUAUAUUUAGUUGCUUGACUACAGGCAGUCCUCUGACUUACGACACAAUUGGUUCUUGAGAACCAUGUCUUAAGUCAAAACGUUGCAACUCAG